UUUAAAACAUCCUUUCAGCUUUCAAUUUAUAUGUAUAGUUUUUCAUGUUGACAUGCUAUUUGCGGAUAAUUGAGAUUAAUAAUUAGUCGCGUUUUAUUAAAAAUAAUCAGCGAGUUGCAGUCAGUGCCGAUUGAUCUCGUCAAAACACGUGAAGUUGCAGAUCAAUUGAGACCUAUCAAAUUCACAAAAUGAGUGUAGAAACAGAAUCUACAUCUUGGAAAAAUACAAGCAAAAAGUCUAACAAAAAGCAUGAUCGGAAAGCAAAGGCAUCGGACAACAUGAGCGGUGAUAAAUCAGAGAAAAAGGCUGACCACUCGGCUCAUUCUGCCGCCACGGACAAAAGUGCAAACGCCAGAAGCGAGCCGCUGCCGGAAAAUGUCAAAGCCGUGAUGGACUUGACCCUUAAGUCCGAGGACGAGGUCGUAAUGGCCCUGCACGUCGCGGACGGCGACCUUGAUCGCGCUGUCAACGACCUCCUCGAGGGCGUCAGCCCCGAAUGGGAGAUAAAGAAGAAAAAAGCUCGCCCAGCCGCAGGUGCAAAACAGACCAGCGACGACGCUCCUCUGGACAAUCAUACUGGCAGCGAUUACAAGCACCAGUAUCAGGCUGAUAGUUCUGCUCGUGGUCGAGGUGGACGAGCCAAUCACGGCAACAGAGGCUGGCGCCGACAAGAAAAUAAAGAAAAUGAAAAGAAUGUCGAUACCACGAACGAGGGAAACUCGAAUCACGGGGUUCGUGGACGAUUUUCUGGAAAAGCCAGUCGUGGAGGCCGCGGCGGUGGUCGUAACUUCGCCAACCGAAGCUACGGAAACAGAGGAUCACGUUCACAAUCGAACUCUCAAGUCUUUUCCAAUCGUAUUGAAACAUGGACCGGUGUUGAAGAGGAAAAACCAGAGAAAAGUACUGAACCCCCAACAAAUUCAUGGAAGACUCCUGAAGUUGUUGAAGAUUGGGAUGCUGAAGAGUACACUGGGUCUUUAGCAGAUUCAAAGGUGUUCAUACCAAGUACAUUUGUAGAAACUCCUCCUAAACCAAAUGAAACAGAAGAGCCAGCAGCUGUAAAGACAUUAGAAAUGCCUCAAAAGACAGCCGCGAGUAUCAAACCUCGUCCACGAAAACCGCCACCGUCAAAGAUUCCUUCAUCUGCGGUUGAAAUGCCUGGUGAUACUUUGAAUAGUAAUAUUGGCCUUCUAGACGUCCAAUUUGGUGCUUUGGAGUUCGGAACAGAUUCCAGUAUUUUAGAUGCUUCUCCUCCUCAAGAUAAGGUUGAUACAUCCAGUAUCAAGUCUAGUACGUCUUCGGGUGAUCAUGCAUCGGUUAAAAAUACUCUGAAGAAUUUGUGUUCCUUCACCACGGAACCUAUGCAGCCAGCAUGUGCUACGAAUUUUGGUACUUCGCCAAAAAUUGUUACAAAAGAUAUAUCUGUACCUAAUGAAGUACACAUCAACUCGCAAGGUUCCCUGAUGAAACCGCCGACUUCAACUCAAAAUAUUGAGAUGCCCAAUCAGAAUAUUAAUUCAAGUUCAAUGAGUACUGUAGACUAUAAACCAAAUACGAAUUAUCAGCAGUCAGCCAAGUCUUAUCAAAUGCCAACUUCUGGAAACAACUACAGCAAUUUUACGCCUAAGCCACAACCUAUGGAAGAAACAUUUGGUGGUUCGGCCAAGCAAGAGACAAAGAACUUCCGUUCAAUUAAUUCAACUUCUCUGACUAAUUACAAUUCAUCUUAUGCUCAGUCCUAUGUAACUACAUUCAGUCAAACGGCCCCUACAUCAACCGCUGCCAUUUACAAUCAAGCUGCCUCAAAUAAGCAGGAGUAUCAAUCUAGCGGAUUCCCCGCGUCUGUAUCUCAGUACCAAGCACAAUCCACAUCUACUAGUACCUCGAGCAAUAAUCUACCAUUCAUGAGUACUGGUUAUCCAAGCUCCACAUCGUUUCAAUCUGCUCAGUCGUAUCAACCAACGACAACUACGUACGCAAUGUCGAUGAACCACGGUCCAGCAUCGUACUCCAAUUCAGUGCAAUCGGUGUAUUCCAAGCCUUACUCAACUUAUACAGCGCAAGAGCAAAAUGAUAACAAAGGUCUUUCAAGUGUGAAUUCCAAAUUCGAUGGUGAUUCAUCUCAUUCUAGCGCUGUGUCGGUAUCGACUUCGAAUACCAUGGGGAUUAGUGCUUCUUCCUCUGUAAAUACCCUGUCAAAGACUACUGCAACAAACGCAAUGCCUAAAUCUACAACUGUUGGUCUCGGAUCCGGUAAUAACUCCAACAGUUCCACUGGAAGUGGAUCUACAGGAAAUGUUACACCCAUCUUGGGUCAUCAGUACGUAGUCGGACAGACCAUACCUGCUUAUGCAACAUUCCAGCAGCAGCCAGCAGUCUACACUUAUGAAGAGUUGCAAAUGCUGCAGCAAAGACUGAAUCAUAUGCCCAACAGUGCAUAUCAUUACGAUGCCACGUUGGGAUACCAAACAUCAGGUCCUGUCACAAGUCUUGGCAAUAGUAGAAAUGAUUCGGUAUCAACCGUUCAAAAUGUGCAAGGCCAAUUUAGUAGCAUGAAUGAUGCUCGAUUUACAAGAACAGAUGGAAACUCAUCUCCAGUUUCUUCAACUGUUUCACAACAAAACACAUCACAGCAGCAGCAGCAGCAUCAGCAACCACUUAUGAAUCCGAUUCCACCAGGCUAUGCGUACUUUUACGGAGGAAGUAUCAUGCCUGCAAGCGGAUUCCCGUACAAUACCGCCCCAACUUUGUAUCCACAAAUGCCUACAACUGCUGGAACUGGAUCCAACAGUAGUACUUACCCAUCGAAAUCAGGAAAUUACAGCUCUGGUUAUAAUACUGGAUCUAAUUAUGAUGCUAUGACCAAUGCUGGUUCAGCAGCUGAUUACAAAAAUAGCAGUUCUGGGUAUAGCCAAACUGGAAAAAAUAUUCCAGCGACUUGCAGUCCAAAUACUAUUAACCCAAGUGAUAUUAGUCCUACAAUUUAUUCUAAAGGACAUACUCAAUUAAAUAAGACAUACGAAAAGCAAAAUUUUCACUCAGCUACGCCACCGCCAUUUGGAAUGACAAAUAAUCAAACUGCUGGAGUAAUCGGGGGAUACAACGCAACGCACAUGUUCAUUCCGACUGUACCACAUCAACUUCAUCAAGCAUUGCACCAAGACAGUGGUAGCAAUACUGUACAGAGAUCCAACAACAAUCCACAAAACAAAGUACCACUCAAAAAUUCUUACACUUCAAGUUACUGGACUGGGAGCAAUUAAGAAAACAAAAAAAUGAUAAGAAUGAUUCAUCUUAAUUUUAAGAAGUAAUUACUGCAGUAUAAGUUGUAAAUUAAUGAAUUUCUAUACAUAUUAUAUUGUGUGUAAUAUACAAUAUAUAUACAUGUAUUAACGUAUGUGUAUUGUACCUAUAUACAAAUAUGUAUACCUUUAAGUAUAUCUCUAUCGGUAAUAAUUAUUAUGUUACCUGAUAAUAAAAAAAAAUACAUACUUCUAUAAACGAUUAAGCGUAUAUCGAAACGGUCUUGCUAAUAUUUCCAGUGUUUAGUAUUGUUAAUAUUUUUUUGUCACUUGAUGAAAUCAUGUUCAUCUGUUUAAACUUAACUUAAGAUAAAAGAACUGGAAUUAAAAAGAAAAACUCGAAAUAUAAUAAUACUGCAAAUUAAA